AUGACAGUGCAGAGGUCCAAAAGCAGAAGCUCAAACAAACACCCAAAAUUUGAGAAGCGCUGCCAAGAAGCGCUGCCGGAAAAUGAACUAGCCAACCCGCCGCGGGCAAAAGCAGCUCGGGAGGUGCUUCCCGAGCUUUUCCCUGCUUCCCGCAUUGGCUGGCCGCCGCCGCUGACUUUCGCCGCCGCCGACCGCGCCGUUUCCGGCCGCCGCGUGCAAGGGAGCCCCGCCGCCGCUGACUUUCCCCGCCCCUACCGCGCCAAGAUCUUCCGCCGUCCCGGAUUCGACGGGGAGCAGCACGGGGCGCGGUCGAUCCCGGCGGCCGCCGGAUACGGGAGCGCUCGAAGGCACCGCCUCGCCCACGCUUCCCCGCCCCCGCCGCCGGCUCCCGGCCCCGCCGCCAACGCCUGCCCCGCCGCCAAAGCCCCCGUCGCCCGCUCCCGGCCCGCCGCGGCGCCUGCCUCGCCGCCAACGCCCCCCUCAACAGCUACAGCUGCUUCUCAAAAGCUGCAGCCCAAACAAACAGACCCUGAGAGUGCAACUCCAUAA